AUGGCGGGAGCCAAAUCUCUCUCCCUUGCAGUCGCCGCAAUUUUGGCCCUCGCCGCCGUCGCCGCGCAGGGCGGCGAAAAAAUUCCCGGCGGGUGGCAGCCGAUCAAGGACCCGAAGGACGCGAAGGUGGUGGAGGUUGCGAAAUUCGCGGUGGCGGAACAUAACCGACACCGACGGCCCCACGCGACCAAUCUGUUGUUGGAGGCAGUCGUGAACGGCCAGACCGAAGUGGUGAACGGCGUGAACUACAGGCUCCUCGUAUCGGCCGUGGCGGCCGGCGGCGGCCGGAAAUUUGGACAGCCGAGGAAGUACGUGACGGUUGUUAACGUGAGGGAGGAGGAGAAGAAACUCAUCUCCUUCCAAAGUUUGAUUGACUAUUGA